CCCUCUUUCAAAUUUAAUAACAUGUUUUUUGACCCCUAGAAAACGAAUACGCCGAAACAUAAUCAAAGUGCAUGUGAUAAUAGUAGUAAUGAAAAGUAUUAGAAGAAAAUCCGAAUAAAACAAAGAUAAUGAGUGAAGAAGGAAACGACGCGCACGGUUAUGCCAAAUUAGGAAGAUCACGUCGUGAUACCAAUGAUUAUCACACCAGGGGCGCUUUCAUUAAUUUUUCACCCCCCAUAGACGCAUACAACGCAGUAUAUCUAGCGUUUGUGCUGGGGGGCGCGGGAUUCCUGCUACCCUACAACAGCUUUAUAAUGGCCAUGGAUUACUUCAAGGUGCGAUAUCCCGGCACGCCAGUGGUAUUCGACAUGUCCCUAGUUUACAUCGCUGUGGCCCUGGCGACCGUGCUUGGAAAUAAUUUAUUAGUUGAAACAUUUUCGCUAAAUUCCAGAAUUAAUUUUGGAUACAUAAUAUCCUUCCUCACAUUAAUGUUCGUUGUUCUCUGUGAGGUUUGGUGGGAGGCUUUUGGAUCUGCUACUUCCUACACUGUGAAUUUAGCUGCAGUAGCUGUAGUUGCCGUUGGGUGCACAGUACAACAAUCAAGUUUCUAUGGUUAUACAAGUAUGCUUCCUCCAAAAUAUACACAGGCGGUUAUGGUGGGAGAAAGUACCUCUGGAGUAUUUACUUCUAUGGUAAGAGUCCUUACAAGAUUCUUUAUUAAGGAACUGAGGGGAAGUACUAUAUAUUUCUUCACUGUAUCAGUUUCAUCAGUAACGACUUGCUUUGCAACGUAUCAUCUUAUAAGAAGAACCGAUUUUAUACAAUUUUACAUUGCAUUGUGUGAAAGAGCCAAAACUAGAAUUACCUUAGAGCCUACGGAAGAUGCUGGUUUAAUCGAAACCAACGAUUCCCAAUAUGGGGUCCUGAAAAUUCAAAACAGCCCUCCUCCUACAGGAAAUGCUCUGAGUUUUGCCAAUCCAGCGUAUGAGCCUUCCGCUCCCGUGCCGACGUAUAAAGUGGAAGACGUAGUUAUCAGGGGUAGGCAGAGUGUCAGUAACAAUGGAGUAGGCCUCAGCUCUAUCAAAAGGGGCAUCCAAGCUAGGUGGGAAGUCACAAAAGCCAUAUACCCUUACAUGAUAUCGAUAUGUUUAGUCUAUUUCGCGACAUUGUGUCUCUACCCUGGCAUAGCCUCGGAAGUGAUUAGUUGCCACCUGGGAUCUUGGAUGCCGAUCCUAAUGAUGGCUCUCUUCAACGGUGCAGACUUGCUCGGGAAGAUGCUGGCGUCUUCAGCGCGUUAUUGGACAGGAGCUCGACUCGUUCGUUGCUCUGUUGCAAGACUGAUUAUGAUACCAUUAAUGAUUAUGUGUGUAGCUCCAAGGGCCAAUCCUAUAUUCUCGGCCGAAAUUACGGCUUUCACAUUUUCUAUAUUUUUGGGAUUAACUAAUGGUGUCCUAGGGAGCGUUCCUAUGAUUCAAGCGCCUACUAAAGUGGAAGAUAGACAUAGGGAACUCACUGGUAAUAUGAUGACUUUGCUGUACAUGUUUGGGUUAGCAGCUGGAUCUUUGGUGGCAUAUUCUCUAGAAAAUAUCCUAAGUCCAGUACAAGAACAUCCAUGUGCACCUUCGACUAAUCCCCUUCAGUCCAAAAUAGAUAUUACAUCAAAUGCAACAGCUGAUAUAUUAAACAAUGCUCCGUCUACAAAUUUGAUAAAUAUAUUAUCAUCAUAUAUUAUGUCAACAGUUGUGGAACUAAAUACAACUGAUAUAAAUAAAUAA